UUUCAGAGUAAUAAUCUGGGGAUGUUGGAUAAAUCAAAAGCUACUUUCCAAAUUAUUUUUUCAUUAACGGCCGUUCGUUUAGUCCUUCCUCUCCUUACUAAAAAUCAAGAUCUUUUAAAAGUGGCCAUGGCAUCUGUGACACCUAGCAUUCAGGAAGAAUCUAGGAAUCUUGGUCAUUGUAUACAGUAAAUCUCAGACCUUUGCCUAAACUCAGCUUAAUUUUAAUAUUCUUUCUCCCAUCCACGUACGUUUCUUCGGCCUUAACUUUAUUAUCUCAUCAUUGUAAAUCUCUUUUUAAAUUCUAU